GCGGGCGUGAUCCGGGAGUGGCGGGGGGUUUUGGGCGGGCGGGCGGCGGUGACGGACCAGACCGGACCCCGGCCCUCGGGCGGUUGAUUCCGCGGCGAGGCUGGGGCGCGGGGGCGGGCGAUCGGGCCACUGGAGCUGCGCCCACUGGCUGCGGGCCAUGGCCGGGAUCGACGCCAGCGAGGGCGCGGCGGCCGCCGCGCCGCCGCCGGAGAUGACGCCGGCGCAGCGUAUCCAGCAGAAGCUCAUUCUCUAUGGGGCACUGGAAGAGCAACUGCAAGAGCACCAAGAAGGCUUACUCAUGUACGUAGAGAAGCACAAGGAGCAGAUACCUGAUAUAGUGAGGCUUAUCUUGUCAGCAGGCACUGAUAUUUUGGAGGCCCGAAAACCCUCCAAGAAGGAAGCAAGCAGCAGCAGCAGUGGUGAUGCGUACAGUGAGAGUUUGUCUUGGUUGCAGUGGUUGAUGUUCAACUAUGAGCCAGAAGCGGUGCUUGAUGAUCUAGAGCGUUCCUCUGCAGGAGAGCGUGCUGUCUGUGGGUCAGUCUGGGGUCAGAGUGACCUUGCAUAUCGCUGCCGGACUUGUGAAAAUGACCCCACAUGCGCGAUCUGUGUCCCUUGCUUCCAGAAUGGCAAUCACAAGGAUCAUGAUUACUCCAUCAUGUACACAGGGGGUGGAUGUUGUGACUGUGGAGAUGCUACUGCCUGGAAGCGUGAAGGGUUCUGCUCAAAGCACAAAGGGGCUGAGCAGAUUAAGCCUCUUCCAGAGGAACUUGCACAGUCUGUAGGACCUGUGCUGGAUGUGCUUUUGCAGUUCUGGAAGGAGAGGAUGUGCCUGGUGGAACCACCCCCUGCAAAGGGUGAUGGUAGUAGCUCGUGCAAGAGGGUUGCUGAAGAGUUGACAAUGUCCAUUGCUAACAUGAUACUUAAGUUCUGCACUUGCAGUGAAAGCCUUCUUAGUUUUCUGUCCCUAAGGAUCCGUGAGUGCCAAGAUCUGUUGGAUGCAUUACUAAGAUCAGAAAGGCUGCUUGACAAGAAGGUUGCUAAAAAAUUGCAUGAGUUGCUAUUGAAGCUGAUCAGUGACCCUGCUUUUAAGUAUGAGUUUGCCAAGGUUUUUAUACGCUACUACCCUGUCACAUUUGGUGAAGUUAUCAAAGGUGGCAAUGAUUCGCUACUAGAGGAGUAUGCACUGAUGCAAACUCUCUCUGUGCAAAUAUUCACGGUGCCUACACUGACUCCAAGGCUUGUGCGUGACCGUGAGGUUAAUUUGUUGGGCGUUCUUUUUGGAUGCUUGACAGAUCUGUUUCUUUCCUGCAUCGGUGAGGAUGGUCGUUUACAGACAAACAAAUGGGGAAAUUUAUUUGACGCUUCUAUUCGAUUGCUGGAUGAUACACGCUAUGUCUUAAGUCAUGAGGAAGUUUCUAAGUAUGUUGCUUAUGAGAGGCCUGAUCUAACAAGGUCAUGGAUUAAGCUCUUAUCUCUUGUGCAAGGAAUGGAUCCUCAGAAGAGAGUGACAAGUAUUCAUGCUGAAGAUGAGAAUGAGCAUCUAUCUGCGCCUUUCGUACUGGGGCACUAUUUUGGAAUUGUCCAGAAUCUUCUGAUAAACGGAUCAUUUUCUCCUCCUGAUCAACAUGAAUCAACUGAUGUUACUGUUUGCUCCACUGCGAUAAAAGGCAUGGAAAGUGCUGAAAAUCAGCGGCAUGCAAAAGUUGGAAGGGUCUCUCAGGAGAGCUCAGUAUCCAAUCUAAGCUGCAGAGACAGUUCUUUGACAUGUGGAUUGCCAUCACCUGUUGUCUGGUUAAUGCUUCAAUGCCUGAAAGCUAUUGAAAGUUGGUUGGAACCUGACAUAGCUCUGAGAAGCAAGCUGUCAUCCCUUGAUGCUAGCAGCAGUGAUUCUCGUAAUUUUAUGGCUUCGCUUGAAGAUCGGACUUCUGAUAAGGGAACCAGUUCAAAUACAAAGAUUGGCGUGGCGGGUGUCAAGAUAAGUGAAGGAUCACAACCAGAUGGUAUUGCAGACUAUCAUGACACAUCUAGUUCUCCUGUUCAAGAUCAUUGUGACUGGAUGCAGAUUGACCAAGAAGGGAUACCUCCGGCUAGUAAUAGGACAGGCAAGGGGAAGAUGCUUGACAGCAGCAACACUACAGAUAUACAAUUGCACACUGAGAAUGCCAUUACUUAUACUCUGACUGAUGGUAGCCUUUUGUAUGCUCAUCCUGAUUCAAGAAUUGAGGAACUAGGGAUACUCAACACAAGAGGUUGGCCUCAUGUCGUCUUUGACGUCAGUUCACAGGAAACUUCUUUCCAUAUCCCUUUGCACCGCAUGCUUUCAUUGCUAUUGCGGAAGGCAAUGAAGAGAUGUUUUGGAGAGGAUGCCAGGCCAGAUGAACAUUCAGCAGUGCAAUCCUGUGAGUUCUUUUCUCAUGUACUCAGAGGUUGUGAGCCUUAUGGGUUUGCUUCAAUUGUGAUGGAGCAUCCACUGAGAGUCAGAGUAUUUUGCGCACAAGUGCGUGCUGGAAUGUGGCGUAAGAAUGGUGAUGCAGCUAUACUGAGUGCUGAGUGGUACCGCUACGUGCAAUGGCUUGAACAAGGUCUGGAGUCAGAUCUGUUUCUUCUUCAAUGCUGUGCUGCACUAUCUUCUCCAGAGUUCUUUGUGCGGACAAUUCAAGAGCGAUUUGGUUUGUCCAGUUAUACAUCUUUGGAUCUUGCCGAACGGAAUGAGUACGAAUCAGUUCUAAUGCAAGAAAUGCUAACUUUUGUUAUACAAUUGGUUAAAGAACGCCGAUUUUGUGGGCUUUCCACAGCCGAGAACUUGAAGAGGGAAUUGAUUUAUAAGUUAGCUAUUGGAGAUGCCACUCAUAGCCAGAUUGUGAAGUCUCUUCCUCGUGAUCUUUCAUCAAGCGACCAACUUCAAACUGUUCUGGAUUCGCUGGCAGUUUAUUCUAAUCCAUCUGGCAUGAAGCAGGGUAAGUAUGUACUUAGCAAAUCCUGCUGGAAGGAAUUGGACUUGUAUCAUCCGCGCUGGAAUUCUAGGGAAUUGCAAAUUGCCGAGGAGAGAUAUUACCAUUUCUGCAAAAUUUCUGCUUUUAGUGCCCAGCUACCUAGGUGGACUUAUGUUUUUAGCCCACUGAGCAGUAUUUCUAGCAUUGCAACCUCAAAGGCUGUCCUUCAGAUUGUUCGUGCUGUUCUCUUUUAUGCUGUUUACAGUGAGGCAUCGUCCACAUCACGCGCCCCUGAUAAUGUCCUUGUGACGGGUUUGCAUCUGCUUUGGUUGGCACUUGAUAUAUGUGAAUCAGAAAGACAGGUACAUGCCAACCAGUAUGGCAUGGAUGUUGUGCAGCAUGAUGAUGAAUCCUGGGUUGUUCUGUCAUCGUACUCAGAGGAUGCUUUUCCCAUAAUUACUUACUCUACUGAAGUAGUUUCCCCAGAGUCUGACAAAGUAAAGAAAGAAAGCUUAUUGACCCUGCUUGUUUCAUUAAUGCACAAAUACAAAGAAGAGAAUGAUGCCACCUUCUCUGGAUCCAAAUACUGUAAUAUCCCAUCUCUAAUUGAGAGCCUAUUAAAGAAAUUUGCCAUGUUAAGUAAGGAGUGCAUGUUUACAUUAAGACAAUUGGCACCACAUAUAGUCCCAUCUAGACCAGACAGUUCCAGUAUCAGAGAAAGCCUAGGAACUUCUUCAGAUUCCAUGGAGAAGAAAGCAAAAGCACGUCAACGCCAAGCUGCAAUUAUGGCGAAGAUGAGGGCAGAGCAGUCCAAAUUUGCUGAAAGUAUGAAGUCAUCAGAAAAUGAGGGGCAUGACGUUCCAAUGUUAGAGACAGAUGUGUCCAGUUCAACUGGUGUUGUCUCUGAGGAGUCAGUACCAGUUUGCUCCCUGUGCCGGGACUCAGAUUCCAAAAGCCCUCUAUGCUAUUUGAUUCUUCUUCAGAAAUCCCGGCUUGCAACUUUUGUUGAGAUGGGUAAUCCAUCCUGGGAUAACCCAAUUCAAGCUAACAAGACAUCUGGAUCAGUCAAAAAGGAAGAUUCAACUGAUUCCUCUGUCUCUGGUUCUUCAACUUCUGAGGAACUUGUCCAUGACACAACAGUAGAGCCAUCUUUUGAUUUAGACAGCAUGGAAGUUGAUGCCUUUCUUGAUUUUUCAAAUGAGCAACAUCCACUGAUUCGAUAUAUAUCGUCUUUCCCAAGUGGGCAUUGCAACGGCAAUGCAGAUGACACCAUCUCGCUUGAGGCAAUUGAAGCUGAUAUUUACAACUCUAUUUUAGAUGAUCUAUUUGUAUCCAGUAAUGCACAUAUUCAAAAUGCUGAGCAAACGUCGCCAUCAGCUGCUUCAAAUAUCACAUUUGAUUCCAAGAAAACAAGAAGCCCCAAGCGUUCUGUGCUGGGAACAUAUGUUAGUUGUCUAUCAGCAAAACACCGGCAUUCUUCUCUCUACGAUGUACCUUCCAAAUCUUCUGCCUCUGUUAGUACAAGUAACAGAUUUGGUCCUAUCAAUUGUGAUGGCAUCCACAUUUCUUCUUGCGGCCAUGCUGUACAUCAAGAAUGUCAUGAUCGAUAUUUGUUUUCCUUGAAACAACGAUAUGUCCGAAGACUCGGUUUUGAAGGUGGUCAUAUUGUUGAUCCGGAUCUGGGAGAGUUGCUUUGCCCAGUAUGUCGCAGAUUUGCAAAUUCCAUUCUUCCAGCAUCACCUGAUUUCUCUAGUAAAACAAUGAAGGUGAAACCAUUUGUUGAAACCUUGACACCUGAAGUAGUUACAACUACAUCACAUGCAAAAACAAGUAACUUACAGUUUCCUCGUGCACUAUCACUUCUUGAAAGUGCUGGAAAAAUUGUUGGACAGAGCACGUUUCUUAAAGCUUUAUCUGGGAAGCUUAAUGACACUACAGAGCCAGCCUUAGAACCUUCUCUUCGAAGAUUAGCUAUGCUUUACUAUUAUCGUGGUCCCAGCGGUUUUUCAGCAUCCGAAAGGAAAAGGCUCAAUCCAUCUUUGUUUCUCUGGGAUACACUAAGGUACUCCGUGGUGUCUACAGAAAUCGCUUCUCGUGGUAGGAUGUUAAGCCAGUCUAUCGACCCAAAGUCCUGCUUAGAAUCUUUGCGUGGUGAACUUAAUUCAUCAAGUGGAUUCAUAUUGUCACUAUUGUUCCGUGUUGCUCAUUCUGCACGAAAGUUGAAUCGUCUGGAGGUUCUUCUGAGAUUCGAAGGCAUUCAACUAUUAGCAGGGUCUAUUUGCUCCUGCAUUUCUGGUUAUAAAGAUGUUCUUAAUGCUACUAAGCGAAAAGGUUCUUUGCCACCUAUGGUUGAUCCAGGUGAGGGGGGCCCCCUCUUCCCUGAUGUCCAGUUUUGGAAACAAUGCGCUGAUCCGGUCCUGGCUCAAGAUCCGUUUUCUUCUUUGAUGUCAACACUUUUCUGUCUACCUGUUCAGUUUCUAUCAUCUGCUGAAUUCUUCAUCCCUUUUGUCCAUCUGUUUUAUGUUGUUUGUGCCGUUCAGGCCAUGAUAACAUGCUACAGAGAGGAAACAUUUGACCGAUCUAGCUUCAGUGACUGCCUUCUUAAUGAUGUUUGCAAGACGAUGUCGGGAUAUGAUACUGCCAGAGAGUAUUUUGUAUCCAAAUAUAUCGACCCAUCUUGUCAUCCAAAAGAUAUGGUCCGUAAAUUGACCUAUCCUUAUCUUCGAAGAUGUGCAUUGCUUUGGGAACUGCUAAGAUCAUCUGCGACAUCACCCUUAUAUGACAAUUCCAAUAUUUGGGAAGGAUCACAUCUUUACUUGAGUAAUAGCAUGCAAGAUGGAAGUUCUUCACUGACAGUGGAGCUGAAUGGAAUAGGAGAAUUGGAAAACCUGUUUCAGAUUCCGUCUCUGGACCUGCUUCUCCAAGAUGAAUCUGUACAUAUGCUGGCCUUAAAAUGGUCUCAACAUUUCUGUGAAGAUUACAGUUCCCGCAAAUAUAGAGGCACACUCUUUUCUACCCCUGCAGUUCCAUUUAGACUGAUGCAGCUGCCACCUGUCUACCAAGUUCUCCUAGAAAGAUAUAUCAAGAUGCAAUGCCCCGAUUGUGGCAUAGUGCCUGAUGAACCAGCAUUGUGUUUGCUUUGUGGCAAAUUAUGUUCACCUAGUUGGAAACCAUGCUGCAGGACUGGUAAAUGCCUGAAUCAUGCAUCGCAAUGUGGUGCUGGUGUUGGCAUAUUUCUCUUAGUGAGGAAAACAACGAUCCUGUUGCAGCGAUCUGCUCGUCUUGCCUUUUGGCCAUCUCCCUACCUUGACGUGUUUGGUGAGGAGGAUCAUGAAAUGCAGAGAGGAAAGCCUUUGUACUUGAGUCAAGAAAGAUACACAGCCCUUACAUAUCUGGUGGCAUCUCAUAGCCUCGAUCGAACUUCUGAAGUCCUUCGGCAAACGACUAUCAGCUUUUACGGAUCUGAUUGAGUGCAAUUUCCAAGAAAGGGUCUUGUGGAUGUGCAUAUCAUGGGGAACUCUAGUGCAACUUGGUGUUCAUAUUUUCCGGUGGUAACAAAAGUACUACCUCUCAUAAGGUUAAAAACUACAAGCUUAUUCUACUACUGGGUGUAACCUGGCUAUGCCUUUGUUUUCGCUUCUGAUUACUCGCCCUCUUCCAGAGGGUGUGGAUACCGCAGGCUUGCCACCAGUCUGUGCUACGGCGCCCUGCUGUCCUCUCAUGCUGAUGUACAGUUGUUUUAGCAUGCUGCUUUUCUCCAAAUAGAUGAUAGGUAGGCCUGGUGACCUGAAAUAUUUGAUGAUCGACUGCAUGAUCUGUCUGUACAGUGUAUAACACCGGAUCGGUGCAGUUUCCGAUUAUGAAAAUGCGGCAUGCAAGUGCCAUUUGGUCGCCA